AUGGCGAAUGUUGCGAAUCCCUUACCUUAUUUAACUAAAAGAGAAUACGGACUUAUCCCUGAUCUUAAAUCUCAACUAUUCAACAAACGUCUUAAUGCAGCUAAAAAUUUAUAUCGUCGGGACUUGGUGUGCCAUUUCGGAUGUGUAAACGCUAUCGAGUUUUCAAGCAAUGGCGAGUUACUUGUAUCAGGGGGUGAUGACAGGAGAGUUAUGCUAUGGCAGUUUGGCCAAGCAAUACUUGAUUGUGGAAAGCCAAUACCUAUGAAAGCAGUACACCAGUCAAAUAUAUUUUGCCUUGGCAUUACAAAUGACAAUCAGAAAAUAUAUUCUGGUGGGAAUGACGACAUUGUGAUAGUGCAUGACCUAGAGAGCAAAUGCCCCUUAGAGGUACUCCAACACCAGAGAGCCGUGUGCAGCCUGAGCAUAGACCCAUUCAAUGAACGGGUAGUAACAACGGCCGGGAAUGAUGGUCGACUGCUUCUUUUUGAUACUAGGCAGUCUGUUCAUGAGUCGCUGGUGAUAUCGCGGAGUCGGAAGGCGUUCCACGGCGUCAUGUUCCACCCGCAACAGGUGGGCGUUUUGGUGUCGGCGAACGCGCGCGACGGCGUCGCCCUAUGGGACCUCCGAUCGCCAAAGCACCCGGUCCUCCGUUACGCGGGCAACCACGGAACGUGCCAGAACAGCAUGAGCGUCCGCUUCAACUCUGCGGGCACGCACGUGCUCGCCCUGCGGCGUCGCCUCGCGCCCGUCCUCUACGCGGUCCACUCGCCGGAACCCGUGGCCGAGUUCUACCACCAGGACUACUACAACUCGUGCACCAUGAAGAGCUGCUGCUUCGCGGGCAAGGGCGACCAGUUCGUGCUCUCCGGCUCGGACGACUUCAACCUGUACAUGUGGAAGGUACCAGACGGCGGCGGCGAUUACGGUGCGGUGGUGGAGCCGCCGCACAUAGUGCUCUACGGCCACAGGUCGAUCGUGAACCAGGUGCGGUACAACCCGCACUACUGCCUGGUCGCCUCCUCGGGCGUGGAGAAAAUCAUUAAGGUGUGGUCGGCCCUGGAGUAUCCGCAAAUGCGCGGCACACUCUUAGAAGAGGCCCAGGGUUCGGACAACCCACGGGAGAUCUACAGCCAUGAGGAUUAUGUGUCCCUGGUACAUCACACCGGGCAGUACAUAUCGCACAACUACGCGGAGCAGUCGACCCGCGAGGACCAGCGCAUGAUGGCGUUCUUCGACUCGCUGGUGCAGCGCGAGCUCGAGUGCCUCGCCGAGGAGACGGACUCGCUCGACGGCUCGAGCACCGGCUCGCCCAUCGCAAACGACGACAGCGACGACUCGGACCGCGCCCCGCCCGACUUCCUGCCGCUGCAGCCCAAGCGCGCGAACGCUAACGGGAACCGAAGUCAGCGAUGUCCAAACAGACUAGCACGUUUGGUUGCUUCGCGGUAUCCUAAAAACACGCGCUCACAAAAGAGAGACUCACAGAGGCGCAGCAAGCAGGCGCGCCCGUGCAAUGCGGCGGGCAAGGGCGGGGGCGGGGGGCGGCGCGGGGCUGAAGGGCAAGCGCGCGCCGGCGCGGAGGGCGCGCGGGGCGAGGCGGUCGACGCCCCGCGCCCCCGCCGCCCCCCUUCCCGCGCCCCGCGCCCGCCUCUCCGCGCCAUCGAGCGAGCGCACCGACUCGGACGAGCCCGCGCACUGCCUCUACAGGAACUCGGGCAGGAUCAUCAGACCAUUGCGAAGGCGAAUGAACCUGUCGAGGACUACAAAGAGGAAAACGAAAGUCAC